AGUGCGUUUUGAGUUUGAGCGUCGGUUCUGAUGACGGAGUGACUGACACUCGCGGGACAGCAGAGGGCGUCGCGCGGUGGAUAAAAGACAGCGGAAACAAGGUGUUCAGAAAAGCUUUUGUGGCCCUCACGGUGCCCUGACCGGCCAACAACUCUUAUUUUGUGGAUACGAACUGGUCCGAACUGGAAAACAUGCUGUUUUGGCACACUCAUCCCGAAAAUUAUCAACAGCACGCGCAAAAGAAUUAUAUAAGAGAUGAUCUUGCUCCAUUUCUAAAGCACAAGGAAGAGCAGCAGUCAGUUGAGAAUAGAGUGGCUCCUUUUCAUUAUGUGCUGUGUGCAGCUACAUCCCCAGCUCUCAAACUCCAGGACGAAACGCUUACCUACCUGAAUCAAGGUCACUCCUAUGAAAUCUGUAUGCUAAACAGACAACUAGUGGACUAUACAGAUAUAAGCAGCAAAUAUGUCAAGAGCAUUGUGCGUGUGGUGUUCCAUGACAGACGGCUGCAGUACACAGAGCAGCAACAGCUGGAGGGAUGGAGAUGGAACCGACCAGGAGACAGAAUCCUGGAUAUAGAUGUUCCCCUGUCAGUGGGCAUAAUUGAACCUCAAGCACAUCCACUCCAGCUCAACACCAUUGAAUUCCUAUGGGAUCCUGACAAAAAUGCAUCUGUGUUCAUUCAGGUCAACUGCAUUAGCACUGAGUUCACUCCUAGAAAGCAUGGUGGAGAAAAAGGAGUUUCUUUCCGCAUUCAAAUAGACACCUUCGCAGCCAAUGAGCAUGGAGAAUACAUAGAAUAUAUGCACUCUGCCAGCUGCCAGGUCAAAGUGUUCAAGCCAAAAGGUGCAGAUCGCAAACUCAAGACUGACAGAGAGAAGAUUGAGAAAAAGAGUGUUCUUGAUAGAGAAAAAUAUCAACCAUCUUAUAAAACUACUGUGCUCACUGAGUGCUCAUCUUGGCCUGAAACCCCUUGGCCUGAAGCCCCUUCUGUCAACAGUACAAGGAACACUCCAUCUCCUGGUUAUCACAGCUCUCACACUUCAUACAGCUUCCCAGAGGGAAACAGUUCUCCAAACCAGCAGGGGAAGCUAUUCCCACCCAGCUGCUCUGAUCACCUGUUGCCAUCGUCCUCCACUCACGACACGCAGCAGUGGCUCCAUCGAAACAGGUUCUCCUCUUUCUGCAGGCUCUUCUUGGGCUUCUCAGGUUCUGAUUUGCUAAAAAUUAGUAGAGAUGACUUCAUUCAGAUCUGUGGUCCAGCUGACGGGAUCCGUCUUUUCAAUGCAAUCAAAGGGAGGUGUAUACAACCACGUCUUACUGUCUAUGUAUCUCAGCCACAACACAGGAACCAAGCACACACCAAAGCAGAGGGUGAUGAUGUGUACCAUGCCCUCUACCUAGAGGACCUUACUGUCCUUGAGCUCACUGAGAAGAUAGCCAAUCUAUAUAAUGUUCCCUCACAACAAAUUAAUUAUGUAUACAGAGAGGGCCCAACGGGGAUCCACAUCCUGGUGUCAGAUGAGAUGGUGCAGAAUUUUACAGAGGAGACUAGCUUCAUUAUCAGCACUUUAAAAGAUGAAAGUAAUGAUGGCUACCGUGUUGUACUGAAGUGACCUGAGUAUGCACUGCUGGAGCAUAACAGAGCAUAACAGCAUAACUUAUUUGUACCUGAUUGUACUGUAUCAAAGUUAAAUUAUCACCUGUUGGAAUGUGAAAUUAAUGUAGUACACUGUAAAACAAAAUCCUGUUGUUUUUACCAAAAAAAAAAAAAAACUGGCUGCUGUGGGUGCCAGAAUAAUUAUGUAAAAAAUACAGUUAAAAUGUAAAUCACUUUACAGAAAACCUGUACAUUUUACAGUUUAAAAUGGUUAUAAUUUACUUGCUAGCACUUAAAAAAAAUAAAAAAUCUUACAUUUACAGUAAGAAAAAAUAUAAUAAUUUUGAUAUUAGCCUUCUGAGACUGUUUAAAUCUGUUGUUUACUUUAUAAGGUAUUUAAUAAUCAUCGCAGUUACUACAGAAGGGUGCUUGAUGACAUGAAAUUCAUCAAUAGUGUCUCUUCGAGGAGCAAUGACCAAUGAACAUUUAGAGACGGUGCUCAACAUAACUCACACAAACACCAUCAGAGUAACACAUGUGAGAUUUAAAUAAUGCAGUAAACAUUAAAUAAAUUACAUAAAAUUUAACACAGAACACCCCAGUGUAUGUAACUGAUAUUAAAAAUAAGAUUAAACAUAACUAUUCCCAUAAAAUAUAAUGAAAUGUAAUGGGUCACGCAGGGAAUUCUGGGAACGCCCUAUUACUGGUUUUUUUACUAUAAUUUUAACAAUAAUUUACUGUACAAAGUACAUGUACUCUCUUGUUAAACAUAAUGUCAUUUUUUACCAUUAAUAUACAGGAAAAUCUUACAUUUUAUAUCUAAAAUGUUUUUAUUUUUACAUAAUUUUAUUGUAAAAACUACUUUAUUGUCUUUUAAAAUAUAUUAAAAAAAUGUUACUGUCUAUUUUUGCAGUAAAUAUUUGUUAAUCAAUUAACAUUUUAUUUCUGUAGCAUUUUUACAGUAUUUUACUGUUAAAAUUACAGACAUUUUUUACAGUGUAUGAAUGAACUGAAUAAAUUCAUGAAUGUUGAUGACUUUUGUAUGAAUGUAGAUAUCUUUUAGACAUUUUUAAGAGGGAAUGUUGGAAAACUCUAUGGUGCAAAUAUGGAAGUCAGCAGCAGUGGUAUUUAGUUGUACAUUUUGUUUUAUAGUAAAUGUUCUUAUUAUUAUAAAUUGGCAUUGUGGUGGAUCAUAAAA